AAUCACACAAUAUAGAUUUAGUCACGUUCAGUUUAAUGCCGAAUGUAUUUUUGCACCUUUUUCAAAUAUUGAAAACAAUGCUGAUAACAAAUGAGCGCACGAUAAAUCUCUUGUGACGUAAAAUAUAAUGAAUGUAUAAACAUAAACACACGUUGGCACUCAAAAACCCACCAAUCUACAUAACCUCGUAAUUUGAAUUCGAAUUUCAACGGCCUUUUUGACAAAAGUCAUUUAAGUUUCUCAUUCAUCGAUUUCAACAACACAAUGUCUGAAUCCGACCUAACCACCGAAAACCUGGUGUUAAAACUCAACCUCAAAGGCCACAAGAAACCCAUCACAGGAAUUUCCUUCGACCCAGAUGGGAGACAGUUCGCCAGCAGCAGCGAAGACAAAUCCAUAAUGAUAUGGAACAUGCGAGAAAACGUGCGCAGCUACAGCUUCGUGGGACACUCAGAUAUUGUUACAGCGAUCGAAUACUCACCCAACGGAAAACUCCUGGCCACUUCUUCGCAAGACCAGACUGUACGGAUAUGGGUGCCCACUUUAGUGGGCACGAGUACGGAAUUUAGGGCCCACGCUGCCGCGAUUCGUACCGUAACGUUUUCACCAGGCAGCGACAAAAUAUUGACAGGGUCGAACGAUAAAUCGAUCAAAUUGUGGAACGUGGGGCACAAACAAUUUUUAACGUCGUUCGUGGGCCACAACAAUUGGGUGCGGAGGGUCCAGUUUUCGACCAACGGGGAAACGGUGGUGUCGUGCUCGGACGAUCAAACUGUGAGGGUUUGGGAUGUUAGGAGUGGACAAUGUGUGCACGUUUUCAGGGUUUCAAAAGGGAGUCCCACUGGUUUGUCUUUGCAUAAAAGUGGGUCUGUGGUGGCUGUUUCCAUGGACUCGGGGUCUGUUAGACUUUAUGAUAUUAAGGCUAAAAAGUUGCAACAACACUACGUUUUGCAUGAUAGUACGACUAGUGUUUGUUGGCACCCAACUGCCAAUUAUUUACUGACUGCUGGUAAAGAUGGUAAAGUGAUUGUGGUGGAUGUGAUGGAAGGGCGGCCGUUGUAUACAUUACAGGGGCAUAAUGGGGCGGUUACGUACGUACAAUUUAAUACAGACGGUGAAUAUUUUGCCUCAGGUGGCAUAGACCAACACAUAAUGGUGUGGAAAGCCAAUUUAGUAAAAUAGGUAUAUAAGUAUUUAUUAAAACACGUUUUGUACUCUAUUAAUUAUUUAUAAAUAAAGCAUCUGUACAUUAACAAUAUAUACAAAAUAUAUACA